UUUAGAAUUCAGCCUUGUUGAUAAAUAAACCAACACUGUUGUUCAGAAAACUUUGACCCUGCUGCCACAGAGGUAAUGUUGAGGUCUGUGACCAAGUGCCUUCUGACCAAUCCUGUCGCUGGAAGAAUGUCAUAUAGCAGUCUCGCUGGAAAAGUUGCCAUAGUUACUGCAUCCACUGAUGGUAUUGGAUUAGCAGCUGCACAGGCGCUGGGGAGAAGCAGGGUUCACGUUGUCGUGAGCAGCCGUCGACAGGCCAACGUGGACAAGGCCGUGUCACUGUUACGCAGCGAAAACAUCCAAGUGACCGGCGUUACUUGUAAUGUCGGAAACAAAGAUGACCGAGAAAAAUUGAUCAACAUGACUGUGGAACAGUGUGGUGGGAUUGACAUACUGGUCUCGAACGCAGCUGUGAACCCAUUCUUUGGAAACAUUUUAGAAUCCACAGACGAGGUCUGGACUAAGAUAUUAGAUGUGAACGUGAAGUCUUCUUUCCUUCUGACCAAACUAGUCGUGCCUCACAUGGAGAAAAGAGGAGGCGGCUCCGUGGUCUUUGUGUCUUCAGUAGCAGGCUAUCAGCCAAUGCCGGGUCUGGGUCCAUACAGUGUGAGUAAGACAGCACUAUUGGGUCUGACACGAGCUCUCGCCCCUGAACUCGCUCACAGGAACAUCAGGGUCAACUGCGUGGCUCCAGGAGUCAUAAAGACACGCUUCAGUAGUGCUCUUUGGCAGAGUGAAGAAAUUGCCUCUGAGUUUCUAAAGAUGUUGAGCAUUAAAAGGUUGGGGAAACCAGAGGACAUUGGAGGAGUGAUUACUUUCUUGUGUUCAGACGAUGCCUCGUACAUCACCGGAGAGACUGUUACUGUCACAGGUGGCAUGAACUGCAGGCUGUAGGGGUGAAAAUGUGUCAGGAAAAGUAAACUUUAUAUAUGCAAAAGUGUGUAAUUGUUCUACAGAUAUUCGUCUAAUUUAGCACCUUUUUAAAAAUAAAAAUCCUUUUAUUAA